GAACUUAGAGGCGAUGAGCUUAAAUUCCAGGAUGAGCUGGGAUCAGGGAAUGGAGGUACCGUGAGCAAAGUUAUUCAUGAGCCUACUAGCACAACAAUGGCUAAAAAGACCAUCCUGAUUGAGAGUCAGUCACCAAUACGCAGGCAGAUACUGCGCGAAUUACAAAUUCUGCAUCACUGUCAUUCUGACUAUAUCAUUGAAUUCUACGGUGCUUACUUAGAAGGACCGCAUAUCUGUAUGUGUAUGGAAUACAUGGAUAGAGGCUCACUCGAUCGCAUAAUAAAGAAGAAAGGGCCUGUGCCAUACGAUGUAUUUGGUCAGAUCGCUUUGAGUGUCCUCCGCGGUUUGACUUACCUCUAUGAUGUGCAUAGAAUUAUACACAGAGAUGUGAAACCGUCAAAUAUUUUGAUAAACUCGAAAGGGCAGAUUAAAUUAUGUGAUUUUGGUGUCUCUGGUGAGCUUAUCAAUUCAAUAGCGGACACUUUCGUCGGUACGUCAACAUAUAUGUCUCCAGAGCGUAUACAAGGUGCGCAGUAUACCGUAAAAUCAGAUGUAUGGAGUUUAGGUAUUACACUCGUUGAAAUAGCACUUGGUAGAUUCCCAUUCUCAGAUAUAGAAGAAGAUGAGAGUGAUAAUGAAGGAAUGGAGGACGAUUUGACGCUCAACGCUAACUCGACGUUGAGCCCAUCGAAUGCAACACGUCCACGUGCGUCAUCAAGAGCAGGUACGACGAUCGGAAAGAAAAAGGGAGUGAUGUCUAUUUUGGACCUCCUGCAAUACAUCGUCAAUGAGGAUCCACCUCGUCUGACAAAAUUUGGUUCAAAAGCUGAAGAAUUCGUCGACAAGUGCCUGAUAAAAGAUGUUAAAUUACGACCAACACCAAAACAACUG